GUCCUUUAGUCCAGUGGAUUUAUUAUACAGUACGGAGUAAUCUGUACUACACGUGCAUGCGCAGAAUGACGUUCAGGCGCCAUCGUAAUCUGCAGGUUCGGGAAGAGAAGAUCCGCAGCUCACGUCCACGCUCUCAUCUAUUAAUCACCUUCUCUCCCUUACCAUACAACAGGAGAUAGCUCUAAGAGUGUCAUGAUGGAAUGGUAGGCGAGGCUGUGACGAUAGCUAUGUCUUAUUAGCCAGGCAGGCUUAUUUCCUCAACUCAACCUCCAUUCGCCUUGUCCAUGAGACUAGAUACCCUUGGACAGGGUUCCCAUCUCAACCUUCGCCAUGGUCCUCCUAACCACAACCCCUCGAAUUCUGUCUGCCAUCUCCACUCUCUCCUCUAGAGAAAGGUCGACCCUCCCCGAUCUCCCAAACACUGUCUCAUCCCCGAUCGACCACAACACCGUCAUCAGCCUCUCGCGCCUCACCAGAGAAAACACACUCAACACCCUUCUCCGUGGCACACAAGUCUACCAACCUCCGGCACCCUCAAAACCUCCGCCCACCCCCGAAUAUGUCGCUCUCAUGAGCCGUCUCCGCAAGGAACAAGAGCAACGAGAAUAUGCCGCCCUAUUGUCAAAGCAAGGCCCGGGUAUUGCCGCUGGAUUGGACAGCGAGGAGCAAGACCAAGGAUCGGACGACCUGAGUCCGUCACUUGUGCUCAACAUCCUCCUCAGCGUCGUCAUGUGCGCAUUGACAAUGUUUUAUCUCACUCGCUGGUGGCACAAUGAUGGAGUUCGGGUAUUGAUGUCGUUGGGCACAGGUCUCAUAGUUGGAAUUGCCGAGGUGACCGUGUACGCCGCCUAUUUGAGGAAGGUCAAGGAGAGCAAAGACAAGGAGAGAAAGAAGCGUGAGAAAAAGGUCUUUAUUGGCGAAUAUACCGGCGAGGCACCGCCAGUUCCCUUGAGCCAUAUGCCCGCCCACAAGGAGGAAAUCUGGGGCCGCGGAGUCAAUGGCGGCAUGAGGAGAAGAAUCAGAGAGAAAUGGGAAAAGGGUCAAGAUGAUAAAACUAGCUGAAGAAUGGAGCAGGUCCUCUUUCGAGACCAUCGUCCCCAGAUGGGUCAAUAAUCCAUUAAUCAAUCCCAAAGUCCA